UCGACACCCAAGCGAAUGUUUUCAAACAGAUCAAGUUACCCAAACCCGUGAAGUUACAACAGGCCAUCGAGAAGUUGUUCAAGAGGAGCAGCUACACGAAGAUAGUUCAGAGUAAUUAGUAGUUUUAGUAGAUUAAAUGGCCGGCGACUUCAGUGCAACCAAUAGUAGACACAGUAGAAAAAAUAGUUCGCCUGACGAUCCUCCGCCCGACAAUCGACCCCUAUUCCUGACCGAGGAGACCGAAUUCGUAGGAAACGGAAAAACACCGACCUCCGGAAAGAGACAGAGAAGAAGUCGCAGCAGAAGUGGCACUAGACUAGCUCCGGUGGCGUUGAGUCUGUCCGAUGAGAAUUUUUACGAGGAUUUAGAGGAUUACGUGAAAGAAAUGUCUUCGACACAGAACACCGCCGCGAACCCGGAGGAGCAGGACGUUUGGACUCAGCUGCAGCAAAAAGAGUCGGACCUGCUGCUCGCCGCGGAACUCGGCAAGGCCUUGUUGGAUAAAAACAAUGAACUGAAAAAAGAACAGGAGCGUCUCGCGGAAGAGUACUCCAAAAAACUUGAGGAGUUGGAACAAGAAAAGCACCUUCUCCGUCGGCGGCUGGACACGACGCAGGGGGAGUACGAGGCCCGCCUGCUGGAGCUGCAGAACGACAUCAAGGAGCUCACCGCCAAGAUCGGCAACCGAGACACCUCCGUCAAACAGAGAGAUGAAGAAAAGGCCAACUUGAUAGCGGAACUGACAGCACAGAACUCUCGCUUGACCACCCAGCUCAAAGAGUCAUCAGCCACCGAGGCGCAGUUGCUAGAACAGCUGGAGGCGCUCAAAGAUCAAUGCACCAUUAGAAAGACUAGUUUGCAGGAUCAUGUCCAAAGUUUAGAGUCUUUGAAAUCAGAGCUGGCAUUGGUCAGUGACAAAAAAUCAGAUUUGGAGAGACGACUCGCUGGUACGCUCCGAGAUAAAGAUGGUUUGCUACAACAGCUGGAUGAGGCGAACGAUAGGAUUGCAGCUCUCGAGAGACAACUUAAAGAACAGGAACACCUAUACCAGAACACCCUCAAGGAGUUGGAGAGACUGCAGCGAUCACAUGACACCCUGGCCGAGAGAGUCGGUGCCCCCGACUCCGGGGAACAUAACGAUACUUCUAGAAGCUUACACGCCGAGAUGGAGACUGAGCCAGAGGAUGAGGACGAUGGGUGGCUAAGGAGCGAGGCCGUGCAGGUGUUCAAGCAGCUACGAGCGUUGUCGCUACAGCUGAACACGGGACAUGACGAUGAUUCAGGUUUACACUCCGACCUGUCACUCUCAUCACUGGACGGCGAGGAAGGCGAGACCCUCAAGCGGGGCGCGCUUGCCGCCGCCUGCGCGGACGCCGUCGCCGCCUACGCCACUCUAGAAGGUUCCAGAGUGAGAGACUCCAUAGCGGCGCACGCCAGAAGAGCUCUGGAGAGGGAGAGGCAGAUUGAUGAGAAGAACGAGCUCAUCGCGGAGUUGUCUUCUAAGUUGUCCGUAGCUGAAGUGGAGCUCCAAGCUGCGGCGGAGGAAAGGGACAGGCUUCUCAACGACGCCAACUACUCCAGUCUACAGAACGACGAGGCAGUCACCCGCGCUCGCAUGGAAAGAGAUGAAGCGAUGGAGAGAAAGAAGGCCGCUGAGGUUUCUUUGGCGAAGACCAGGGUAGAGCUGAUGCAAGCCAACAGCCAGUUGUAUGAAGCCGUACGACAGAAGAUAGAUCUUGGCCAGCAAUUAGAACAGUGGCAGAUGGAUAUGCAAGAACUGAUCGACGAGCAAAUGAAACACAAGCUCACGACGCAGGAGAAGAGGAGAAAGAUCCCCGCGCCGCCCGUCGCGCCCACGCGGACCUCCAGGAUACUGGGAUUUUUUCAGCGGUGAUCUGUUGGACACACUAGUGCAACUAAUAAGAGAAGCCAUAAAUAUUAACACCACCUUCAGUUUAUAUAUAAUUAUGAUAAGGACAUACAGCCCGGGCCAUCUGCCCGCCGCCCUCAGCGUCUAUACAGUUUUGUGCGAGCGCGACCUGCGUCCCCUCGUAUUUGUGGCGGCCAUCUUGUGUCACUCCGAUGCAUUUAUGAUCGCCACGUUUUUAUUUUAUAACGUUAUUCUAUUUUUGAAACGAUGUGACAUUUACACAUUCGCAGUGAUUUUUAGCAUUGUAAUUAGAUUGUUUAUAGUUGGUUUUCAUAUUUUUAGUUUAAUUUGCAUAGACGUGAUAAGCGGAUUCCGUAGUUUGCACAUAAUCUAAUUGCACUUAGAGUAAGCAUACCACAUGAUAGAUUUCAAACUUUUAUAAAACUCAGUUAAAAACAAACGACCGCGACGAAACGAAUGAGCUUAAUUUACCUAAUUUUUU